AUGGGAGAUGAUAUAAGCUUGAAUGGAGAUUCUAACAGCAACCAAGAUUCAAAGAGCAAGGCCAAAGAUGAAACUGCCAAAACAGUACCGUUAUACAAGCUUUUCUCAUUUGCUGAUCCUUUGGAUCAUUUGUUGAUGUUAGUGGGGACUGUGGGUGCUAUUGGGAAUGGAAUCUCAGUGCCCUUAAUGACUUUAAUAUUUGGAAAUAUGAUCAAUGCAUUUGGUGGAUCAACAAACUCCAACAAAGUUGUUCAUGAAGUUUCCAAGGUUUCUCUGAAAUUUGUGUACUUGGCUGCGGGUACCUUUGUUGCAUCACUUCUGCAGUUGACUUGCUGGAUGAUCACUGGGGAAAGACAGGCUGCAAGAAUUAGAGGGUUAUACCUUCAAACAAUUUUGAGGCAAGAUGUCAGCUUCUUUGAUAAAGAGACUAAUACAGGAGAGGUUAUUGGAAGGAUGUCAGGUGACACUGUUCUUAUUCAAGAUGCCAUGGGUGAGAAGGUGGGACAGUUAAUACAGUUCGUAGCAACUUUCUUUGGAGGUUUUGCAGUAGCAUUCAUCAAGGGAUGGCUUCUAACUGUUGUCAUGCUAUCUUGCAUUCCGCCUCUUGUCUUGUCUGGUGCUACGAUAAGCCUGAUUAUUGCAAAAGCAUCAUCCAGGGGACAAGCAGCUUAUUCUACAGCAGCUAAUGUAGUUGAGCAGACAAUUGGUUCUAUCCGAACUGUUGCAUCAUUCACAGGGGAGAAGCAAGCUAUAGCUAAAUAUGAUCACUCCUUAAUCAAAGCUUACAAGACAGGAGUGCAAGAGGCACUAGCCUCUGGUUUUGGGUUUGGUACUCUCUUUUGUGUCUUUGACUGCUGUUAUGGUUUAGCUGUGUGGUUUGGUGCAAAAUUGAUAAUAGAGAAAGGAUAUACUGGAGGUGAUGUUGUGACAGUAAUUAUUGCUGUAUUGAGUGGCUCCACGUCUCUUGGGCAGGCAUCUCCAUGCUUGAGUGCAUUUGCUGCAGGACAGGCUGCAGCCUUUAAGAUGUUCGAAACAAUUAAGAGGAAGCCAGAAAUUGAUGCUUAUGACACUACUGGUCGAAAGCUCAAUGACAUUUGUGGAGAUAUAGAACUUAGGGAGGUUUGCUUUAGUUAUCCUACAAGACCAGAUGAGUUGAUAUUCAAUGGAUUUUCUCUUUCAAUACCAAGUGGCACCACUGCAGCUUUGGUAGGAGAGAGUGGAAGUGGGAAAUCAACAGUUGUUAGUUUGAUAGAGAGAUUUUAUGAUCCACAGUCAGGUGAAGUUCUCAUUGAUGGUAUCAACCUGAAAGAAUUUCAACUGAAAUGGAUCAGACAGAAAAUAGGCCUAGUUAGCCAAGAACCGGUUCUCUUUACUUGUAGCAUUAAAGAGAAUAUUGCCUAUGGCAAGGAUGGUGCAACUGAUGAAGAAAUCAGAGCUGCCGCAGAACUAGCUAAUGCUGCAAAAUUUAUAGAUAAAUUGCCUCAUGGACUAGACACAAUGGUUGGUGAGCAUGGAACUCAACUCUCUGGGGGUCAAAAACAAAGAGUUGCAAUAGCAAGAGCAAUUUUGAAAGACCCAAGAAUCCUACUUCUGGAUGAAGCUACAAGUGCCCUUGAUGCUGAAUCUGAGAGAAUUGUGCAAGAGGCUUUGGAUAGAAUAAUGAUAAACCGAACAACCGUCAUUGUAGCCCACCGCUUAAGUACUAUAAGGAAUGCUGAUAUCAUUGCUGUUAUUCAUCAAGGAAAAAUAGCUGAAAGAGGUUCACAUGCUGAGCUCACCAAGGAUCCUGAAGGAGCCUAUAGCCAGCUCAUUAGACUGCAAGAAAUUAAAGGGUCAGAGGAGAAUGCUACAAAUGAUAUAGACAAGCUAGAAAGUAUAGUGCAUUCUGGAAGACAGUCAAGUCAGAGAUCUUUCUUACAAUCUAUAAGCCAAAGGUCAUCAGGAGUUGGAAGCAGUGGCCGUCACUCAUUCUCAGCAUCAAAUGGUGUGCCAACAACGGCUGCAGGGGGAGGACCUCAUGCUCCUCCUUCAACAGAUUCUUCACUGCCGGAUGUACCACUAUUUCGCCUGGCAUAUUUAAACAAGCCUGAGAUUCCAGUAUUACUGUUAGGGACUAUAGCUGCAGCAAUAAAUGGGGUAUUAUUACCUAUUGUUGCAAUCUUUCUUUCUAAAAUGAUAAGUAUUUUCUAUGAGCCAGCUCAUGAACUUCGUAAAGAUUCAAAAGAUUGGGCAUUAAAAUUUGUUGCACUUGGUGUGGUAUCAUUUCUCUUGCCUCCUUGUAGAUUCUACCUUUUUGGUGUUGCUGGUGGUAAGUUGAUCAAAAGGAUCCGGAAAAUGUGUUUCAAGAAAGUGGUUCACAUGGAAGUAAGUUGGUUUGAUGAAGCUGAGCAUUCAAGUGGAGCUAUUGGAGCAAGGCUCUCUACUGAUGCAGCUUCCGUUCGAGCUUUGGUUGGGGAUGCACUUGGUUUGCUGGUUCAAAAUAUUGCUACGGCAAUAGCUGCCAUGGUAAUUGCUUUGAAAGCAAGCUGGCAGCUUGCUCUUGGUAUGUUUGCUUUGGCACCUCUAUUAGUACUAAAUGGAUAUGUGCAAUUCAAGUUUUUGAAAGGAUUCAGCGCAGAUGCAAAGAAAUUGUAUGAGGAAGCAAGUCAAGUGGCAAAUGAUGCUGUAGGGAGUAUAAGAACUGUUGCUUCUUUCUGUGCUGAAGAGAAGGUUAUGGAAUUAUAUCAGAAAAAAUGUGAUGGACCAAUUAAGACAGGCAUAAGGAGAGGGAUAAUAAGUGGGAUUGGCUAUGGAGCCUCAUUCUUCAUGCUGUAUGCAGUUUAUGCAAUUGGUUUUUAUGCUGGAGCUCAACUUGUAGCGGAUGGCAAAACAACAUUCUCAGAUGUUUUUCGUGUCUUUUUUGUUCUCAGCAUGGCAGCUUUUGGAAUCUCUCAAUCUGGAUCUUUGAUCCCUGAUUCAACGAAUUCAAAGAGUGCUGCUGCUUCCAUAUUUGCUAUUCUUGAUCGAAAGUCACAAAUAGAUCCAAGUGAUGACUCUGGAAUGACAUUGGAAGAAGUUAAGGGAGAGAUUGAAUUUAACCAUGUCAGUUUCAAGUAUCCCACCAGAGCUGAUGUUCAAAUAUUCAGAGAUCUUAGCUUGACCAUUCAUAGUGGCAAGACAGUUGCACUGGUUGGAGAAAGUGGAAGUGGAAAAUCAACAAUUAUCUCAUUAUUACAAAGAUUUUAUGACCCAGACUCAGGUCAUAUUACACUAGAUGGUAAGGAAAUCCAAAGGAUGCAAAUUAAAUGGCUAAGGCAACAGAUGGGUCUGGUAAGCCAAGAGCCUGUGCUGUUUAAUGACACCAUAAGGGCAAAUAUUGCAUAUGGAAAGGGUGGAGAUGCAACAGAGGCAGAAAUUAUAGCGGCAGCAGAACUAGCAAAUGCUCACAACUUCAUUAGUAGUUUACAUAAGGGUUAUGACACAACUGUAGGGGAGAGAGGGAUUCAACUUUCUGGAGGACAGAAGCAGCGUGUGGCAAUUGCACGAGCUAUAAUGAAGAAUCCAAAAAUAUUACUACUAGAUGAAGCUACCAGUGCACUUGAUGCUGAGUCUGAAAAAUUGGUUCAGGAUGCACUAGACCGUGUUAUGGUGAACCGAACCACAAUAGUAGUGGCUCAUAGGUUAUCCACUAUUAAGGGUGCAGAUUUAAUUGCAGUUGUUAAAAAUGGAAUCAUAGCAGAAAAGGGAAAGCACGAAACAUUACUCAGUGAGGGAGGUGAUUAUGCUUCCUUAGUAGCAUUGCAUUCAAGUGCUUCUACAUCUUAG